AUGAAAGAGAUUUUUCAAGAAGAUCAGACGGCUAAACGAAAUAUAGUUAUUGUGUUUACCGAUGGAAAUUCGAAGCAUCCAGGGCAAACAACACAAUCAGCUAACAAUUUAAAACAUCAAAUUAAGAAUAUCGAAGUCUAUGCUAUUGGCGUAGCUGAUGCACAUCCUGCAGAAUUGAAAGCAAUUGCCACAACGACAGACCAUGUUUUUUUUGCUUCAUCAAUCACUAAGUUAGAUGAACAUUUUCAAGAGAUUGCAAAUGAAAUUAUUCCUUGUCCUCCAAUAAUGAAGCGUCCAUUUCCUUGGUGGAUACUAUUGGUUAUACUUGGUGUCUUACUUUUACUUAGUCUACUACUUGCUGGUUGCUUAUGGCUGAAACGUUGGCGAAAACUAGUUGAAGGACUUCCAACAAGAGCAUCAAAUGAAGAGAAAUCUGUUAAAGCAAAGAGACCUUACGCAGUUCAAAUGAUCUUUGAUGAUUGA